AUGAGAUCAAGUAAAGCCCAGCCCAGCAGCCGAUCCACCGAUCGCCGAUACAGUGCUCGAUACCUGAUCCUCAUCUACCGCGAGACCCGACCACACUUCGACCCGCUAGAAAUCCAACGCCUGGUCGCACGCGAGCAAGGAAAAUGCACGAUCGUGCGACAGGCCGAUAGCAACUAUCUUGCCUUUGUGGACUUUGCUGGCAAGCGCUUCCAGACGCGGAAUCUCGGCCUAUUUGAUAUUCAGGGCUAUCGCCCGAAAUGGAUCCACGUCACGUCGUCGCCGUGGCGGAAUUUAGAGAAAAUGAUGGCCCAGGGUCAUGUCUUGUGGAAUGGAAUUAGUCCUCGGCCUCAGAAACAGCCCUCUCCUCGCAAAAGAGGUCCUGGUAAGGAACCGGCUUCGUCCGGCCCGUGGGAACUGGUCGGGAGCGCAACAAACGAAGCGUCGCUGCAGGAGCUUUUGCAGAAGGAAAUGGACUCGGAGCAAUCAAAGGCCCCAGAACUACCGCUGGACUGCGUCCCCCUGGUCGGUGGCGAGACGGAGAUGGCGCGGAAUGUGCAAUACUGGCAGGAUGGCUAUCGAGCGGGCUACAAGGCUGCUAUAUUAAACAUUCACCAGCCUAUGGCAAAUUCUUCUUUAAGUACGAUUGAUCCACCCGGGGCUGAUUCCCAGCUCUUCGUAUCAAAUGACUGCGACUCUGAUGGCGCCGAAUCAGCAUGCCGUAGUCAAUCUGCUUUCCCAGGCGAUAUCCUGGGCGAGGUCUCGCAGCUGGACUGGAAUCUCGAGCUGGAGGAUGUGUGGAAUCAGCAGGUUGUUUGA